AUGGAAUACGUCCUUUUUUUUUUAUGGAUCGCCUGUCCAAUCGAAAGAAUAGAAGAUCUUGAUCCAGACAAGUCCACUGUGGUGCUUGGUUACAAGUGGCAACUUCCUCGAACCAAUUUGGAGAACGUGACGGUGUCGCCUAGCAACUACGAUGAAAACUAUCCAUUCCCUGUUGGUAAACACCGAGUCACAUGGAUGGGAGCGAGUGAGAGUGGAGGUCAAAUAAGCUGUAGCUUUUACGUCACUGUCAAUGACGUGACCCCACCCUCAGUUGAGAGUUGUCCAGCUUCCUUCAAGGAAAAGACCAACUCUCUUCAGAAAGAGAUCAGUUGGACCGAGCCAGUAUUCAGCGACAAUGUGGAAGUGACCAGUGUGUUUUCCAAUCGUAAGCCAGGGUUUGAAAUGGCGACCUAUACAUCCAUAAGAAUACAAUACACUGCUUCUGACGCAACGGGAAAUAUUGCUUAUUGUGUCUUUAACAUCACUUUGGAAGGUAUUCCAGGAAUGUUCCAAAAUCCUAGAUACCGCUGCCAAGAUAACAAAUGGUUGUCUCUGGAUGAUGGUGUUUCUAUAUUAACUAGGGCGCCUGAUUGCAUGGUGAAUUGCCCUCCUGGGACAUAUGGAGACAGCGGAAGCAACACUUGUAUAGACUGCAUCCCUGGGUUUUAUCAGGAUCAGGAAGGAAUGACAGAAUGUCAGCCAUGUCCAAAGAAUUAUUCAAACGUUAUCACUGGAUCCAAAUCAAGUGUGGAUUGCAAACUGAUCUGCCGGCCUGGUUACUAUUCUACUAAUCAUGGGAUCACGCCCUGUGUGGAAUGCCCAAUGGGAACAUACCAGGAAAACGAUCAGCAAACUAUGUGCCACGCAUGCCCAAUGGGCACAAAUACAGCAAGCGCCGGAAGAACUUCACUUGAAGACUGCACGUCGCCAGUUCGCAUCACAGAAACUAUCCCGACCUCGGAUCACACCGCAUACGAAAACUCGACCAUUUCACUUGAGUGCCUUAUUUCUGGUGUCCCGGCACCUACAGUCACGUGGUCUAAAGUGGGAGGCUCUCUUCCAUCCCAGGACCGUCUUGUCAUCCAAAACAUUCUUGACCCGGACAACAAGCUGUCUGGUGUCAGGUACACUAUAUCUAAGGUUGUAGUGGCCGACUCUGGUACGUACGAGUGUAUAGCCACCAAUAAAAACAAGGCAGUCACCAAGCAAGUUAUAAUCAACGUGCAAGCUGAGUAACCAAUUGGUGAAGCCCCCACCUAGAUAUCCUCAUGCCUGACAUGGUAUAUUUUUCCGUAUGGUUACAUGGUUGCAGCGAUUUAAUUUGGUCUUGUAAUUGAAUUACGGGUUGAU